CGAGAAGAGGCCAGACUAUAGGAACUUUCAGCGGGAAAACGCAAAUAGGACAAGCGGCAAGUCCAAGUUCAACUCGAAGAUCGUUCCCAACCGAUUGAGCAGAGUCUUAUCAUGGAGCUGCGCAACAUAUCAGGCGGCCGCCUACUGCUUUUAAUGAUGCUGCUGCUGCCAAUCCUCUGCUUAUGUCAAGGCACAUCAACGCUUCAUCGACAGGCGGAUGCACAAGAUUUGGCGGCCGCACAGCUGGCGGAUGUGGAGGCUGAGGCCCAGACAGACGUCGACGCGGAUCCAGAUGCACCGCACAUACGCAAGAAGCGUCUGAUUUGGAUUACGGACGACGGACGGCUGGCACUGCCGCCGGGCACCUCACUGACAUUCACGCCGACGAUUGCCAUGCCACUGGUGCGGCAUCCACCUGAGGGCUUCUUCUCCAACCUGACCAUCAGUUUCCCAGUCACAAUUGACUUUGACAAGCUGGGGCUGACAGAUAAUCAGAAUCCCUUGGGAGAUCUGCCGCCACUGUUUUCUCGCUCCUUUGGUCACGAGGCGGGGCACAUGGUAGGCGAAUAUGUGGCAAGGUAUCUCCACGUGCAACGCCGCAAGCGGGAUCUCAGCGAGCAGCGCAGCCGGAGCGAGGACUCACAAUUCAGGGUGCACGACGAGGGGCCAACGUUCCCGGAUCUGCCCGCUGGAAUGCAGCAUAUCUUCCACGGCGGAGAAAGGGUGCUCCUCUAUGGAGUGGUGGAGGAUUUUCUAUCCACAUUUGGCAUGGAUGGAAAGGCGUGUCUUCUGCGCACCAUCUGCGAGAUGCAUUCCCGUAGUUUGGAGAAGUUCGGAGUCUUCGGAGAGAUGACCAAAUUGUUCUUAACGGUCACGGAAUCGCCUUUUUCCGAUCUAGUGCCCGACUACGUGCAGGCGCAAAGAGUGGGCGAAGGUAAGCAGGCACCUGGAGAAUGCUUCCCCUACUUCAAGGCCUGUCCAAAGAGCAUCUUCAAAGCGCUGGCCAGCAAAUACGCCAAGCCAUCCACAUCCUCGAGCCCCACCAAAGCGAAAAGGAGGACGACCACCGUUCGACCCACGGGAGAGUAUCACGAACAGCAGGCACUACAGCUGCCUGCCAGUCGGGACAGCAAUAAUGAUGUCUAUAUGUAGAGCAAACCAGAAAAAAAGAAAAACUCCCAUUGUUGACCUCGUUUAGGGAUAGUUUUGAGCGGGCAGUCCGAACCAAAAGGUUGUGUUGCCCAUGAAUUGCGUGAACAUGCAGAGUCAUUUGUCUGUAAUUAACAUUUACUAAUUAAUUUAUUAUUAUUUUUAUUUUUUUUGUAUUUAUUGUUAGUCAUAGGCGUUGUUAACUGCUUAGUAUAUAGCUCUGUUUCGUGCUGAAGUGAAGCCUGUAAAUAAUUGCAAUUGUGGCAUAUUAUCCCCCCGCCCAACAAAUCCCCGUAACAAAUGAACAUAGAAUAAAUUCUG